AUGCUGACUCCGGCGCUUGCGCCGCCGUCUUCUUCUUCUUAUACACCCACAGCUUUCCCUUUCUCCCAUUCAUUUACAGCCAGGUCUGCCCCCGCCUUCUUCACCUUAAAUUCCCCCUUUCGAGCUUUAAAUGCUAAUAGACGGGAAAGCUCAACUCUUCGACUCCAAGCAGCAGCAGCAGGAGCAGCAUCUCCUUCUUUUUCUCCGUCUUCCACUCCAAUGAUUGAAAAGGAAACACCCGAAUUGGAGAAGCCCCCUACUUUCCUUCGAGAGGCGGAUGAAAACGCUUCUGAUUCCUCCAAAUCCGUCCGAUCAAGGUUUGAGAAGAUGAUUAGGGAGGCGCAGGACUCUGUGUGCUCCUCCAUUGAGGCUGCCGACGGAGGUGGCCAGUUCAAGGAAGACGUGUGGUCCAGACCCGGAGGCGGUGGCGGCAUCAGCAGGGUCUUGCAGGAUGGCGCUGUUUGGGAGAAAGCUGGUGUCAAUGUCUCUGUUGUCUAUGGAGUCAUGCCUCCCGAGGCUUACAGAGCAGCUAAACCCACUGAAAAUGGCAGCGUCAAACCCGGCCCUGUUCCCUUCUUCGCUGCUGGCAUCAGCUCCGUUCUUCAUCCAAAGAAUCCAUUUGCUCCAACGCUGCAUUUUAAUUACCGCUAUUUCGAGACUGAUGCUCCAAAAGAUGCUCCAGGAGCCCCAAGGCAAUGGUGGUUUGGCGGAGGUACUGAUUUGACUCCUGCUUACAUUUUUGAGGAGGACGUUAAGCAUUUCCAUCUGGUCCAGAAAGGUGCUUGCGACAAGUUUGAUAGUGAUUUCUAUCCUCGAUUCAAGAAAUGGUGUGAUGAUUAUUUCUAUAUCAAGCACCGAGGGGAGAGACGCGGUCUUGGGGGUAUAUUUUUUGACGAUUUAAAUGCCUAUGAUCAAGAGAUGCUUCUUUCCUUUGCUACUGAGUGUGCAAAUUCUGUGAUUCCAGCAUAUAUACCCAUCAUUGAGAGGAGGAAGGACACGCCAUUUACGGACAGACACAAGGCAUGGCAGCAGCUACGCCGAGGACGUUAUGUGGAAUUCAACUUGGUUUAUGAUCGGGGAACAACAUUUGGUCUCAAGACUGGUGGAAGGAUUGAGAGUAUACUUGUGUCACUGCCACUUACUGCCCGGUGGGAAUAUGACCAUCAACCUGAAGAAGGAAGUGAAGAAUGGAAGCUUUUGGAUGCGUGUAUCAAUCCCAAGGAGUGGAUCUGA